AUGGCAGUCUCAUUCGAGUCUCUUCCAAUAAUCGAUUUUCAGGCUCUGCAGAGCGAUGCAACAAAGUCAGAAGCUCUCGCAGACUUGAAAAACGCGUUAUUCCAUGUGGGCUUCUUAUACCUCGCUAACACUGGACUGGAGUCAAUUAUCGAAGAAACACAUAAUGCGUUACCACAAAUAUUUGACCUUCCUGAAAGCGACAAACAAAGAUGUAGCAUGCUCAAUUCUCCUUCAUUUCUUGGGUACACUGGCCUAGGUGCUGAAACUACGGCACGAAAGACGGACUUGAGAGAGCAAUUUGAUUUUGGCAGCCCAGUCAAGUCGGUGUGGAAGGAAGGCGACCUGCCCUGGCAACGCCUCGAGGGACCUUCUCAGUUUCCCAAUGAAGAAGUCAACAAACUCGUGACACGAUACACCUCUGAGUUAUCAGUGCUCUCGGGAACAUUUCUCCGAGCGGUAGCAGAGUGUCUCUCAUUACCAUCCGGCACGUUCGAGACUUUCCUAGGCAAAAUGCACCGGUUGAAAUUCGUCAAAUACCCGCGUUCCGAACCUGGAUCUCAAGGGGUAGGUCCACACAAGGAUUCUACUGGUCUUUUCACCUUUCUUUCCCAAGACUCAGUUGGGGGGCUGGAAGUUCUUAACAGGGCUGGGCAAUGGAUUAGUGCACCGUAUAUAAAAGGGACUCUUGUGGUAAAUGUUCAGCAGGGAUUUGAAGCUAUCACGGGAGGACUAUGUCCCGCAACGACUCAUCGGGUCCUUGCACCUACCACGACCACGCGCUACAGUAUACCAUUUUUCCAGGCUGUCAGGUUAGACCUCACUUUGAAAUUCCUCGAGGAAGCAGCAGUGGACAUUGUCCAUCGCAUUCCAACCCAGAAUGUAGCGAACGCCCAACAGGUCACGAUACCCAGCGAAUUCAUGUCGCCUUUGUUUUCAUGCUUCGGUGAAGCUCAAUUGAGGAACCGCAUAAUGAGCCAUCCGGACGUCGGCAAGAGAUGGUAUCUGGAGCUUUACGAAAAGUAUUCCCGACAGACGCUAGCCUAG